GCGGAAGAAUUUCACAUUAAAUACAUUCCUUCGACAUAACAAUACAUAAUCAUUGACUUUUUAUAGUGCCAACAUAGCCUUUAUUGCUGGCACCGCCUGGCGAACUGCACUGAAAGAUCUUCAUAUAUUUUUUGAAAAAUUUAGGGAACACGUGCUCCAGUGCCCCACCCCCUGGUACGACCCUUGUUUCUAUGCAUCAAUAUUACUAUAUGUGCUGCAACAUUGCGCUUAGGAAAGACCUCCACAAUAGUCACAAAAUCAAAAUCCACUCUCAUACUUUUUUUUGUUACUUUGUAUCUAUUAAAGGCCAAAAAGUGUCACCUAUGCAAUCGAUUUUGUUCAAAUGGUCGUAAUAAAGGGUUGAUGUUUUGAAAAAGAUUUAGUCGUUUAGCAGGAAAAAGUUUAGGUAUUGAAGAAAUCAGAAGCCUUUUUUAGUACAAAAAAAACUAAAACCUACGAAACGAGUGUAAUAAAAUACUAAAAUAAUCUGUUGUUACGUUAGAUACGAUCGCCUCACCAAGUAGAACUUGACCGUGAAAUUGACAUACUGACUACACGUAUUUAUUCAAUGAAUUAUUUAUCAUUUCUUAUGUUUGUAUAGCAACAGACGUUAAAAUAGAAAUAUAACUGCUCUAUCUUUAUUCCGAAUCUUACUUGAUAUUUUCUGUUUCAAGAAUGAGAUAUUUUCAAAAGCAAGUAAGGUAACACAAAAUAUUUAAUUUGCCAGAAGUGUUCUAGUGUUUUCCAUGAGAGGAAAAGUUUCGUUUUCCCAAUGUUUCAAAAUAAUAUUCUCAAUAUUCAACGGGAAAUGGAAGAGGCUAAAAAUGCUUUAUCCGCCGCUAUUCGCUACGAGCGACGACAAAUGUGGCGAAAGGCAGCAAAUAGUUACAAACAUCUGAUAAGUGCCCUUCGCGAAGUCAGUCUUAACAGCGACAGCAUUGACGUCAAUGCAUUGAGAAUGCUGAUUUACGAGUCACACAUGCAUUAUGGGGUAGCGUGUCAGAAUCUUACUCAGACCAAGGAAGCCAUCAAGCAUUUCGCAUCUGCUAUGAGAGCAGUCAGCAGGAAAAAGGUUGGAUGUCGCGCCGGUUGCAUCACGGGAAAUGUUCUCCAUCUCCACGUUCCGGCCCUUGCCAAGAUGUCGACGUGUCAUCUACAACAGGGAGACUAUGAGUUAGCGUUGAGACACAUCGAAGAAGCUCUAGUUCUUGAUUUCAAGAACCCGGAUCUCUUUUGUAUCCGGGCUUGCGCGUUCUUUUUACUGAAGUAUAACGAAAAGGCGAUGAAAGACGUAAACUACUCCAUUUGGCUUAAUACAAGACAAGCCUGUGGUUGGCUGCUAAGAGGCAUCUUCAAAAACAUCUCCAAAAAUGAAGUGAGUCUAUGCGAGUCUCGAUCUAAUGCAGACUUCGUCACGGCCUGUAACAAUGAUAUCCAUGCGCUGGCGUAUACCAACACAACGGACCUUGCUGCGGUUGCCUCACAGCUUCUUAACAGACUUUUGCCAUCGCUGAGGGUCUCACACACGGUUUCUAUAGACAGUGUGUUCCUGCCCUGCAGCAAACGCAAUAACUACGUAAGUAAGCGAUCAGCGACAUGUAGUCAACGGUCUAUAAGCUCAAGUGGAUGCGCAUUCGUAUGUGGGAAUGCUAGACCUCUGCGCACGCCAACGCGUAGCUCACGGCUCGCCAGUUUCACUACGAUGCCGCACAGCAGCGCCUCGUUUCACAUAACCUCGACCCCAUUCCCCAACGGUUAUCGCUCGAAGACUCGAUGUGGUGCCCAGUCUGCUCCCUCGCGUUGCAGUACGCGGGUCAGCGGUGUAAAGCUUACAUUUGGAAACCUGUUGGAUACAGAGGUUCAUUACAAUAAAGAGGUGACGUCAUACUCAUUACGCCAAGCCUAUGGAGGUCAUCUCUUGGCUUCCAAUCUCUUGUCGAAGUCUUCGGGUGCAACUGAGCAAGAAAGGCAAUAUCCGAGGGCGUGGACACAAAAUAAGAUCCCGGUCAAGAUCCCGGAUAUUCGAGGGUGCAGGACUAUCAGCAACGAAGAUCGGAGCCUGAAAUAAUAGCAAAAAUUACAAAUUGAAUAGAGUUCAAAGGAUCAUGAAAAGGAUUGCUUCGGAAAAUGUGUUGACUAGGAGCGUCAGUCAAUUCUACCGUCAAUUUAAAUUAUAAGAUAAACUACAGUAAA